AGGAUCGCCACCCCAGAGCCAAGCUCGAACAAAACGCCCAGCCGCACCCCCCACCGGCCGCCGCCCCGCUCUGCUGUCCUUCUCUUCGGCGCUCCUCUCUCUCUCUCUCUCUCUCUCUCUCUCUCUAUCCCUCUAUACAAAUCCCCAAAAAAUUCCAGGGUUUCCGCCGCCGCCGGGUUUUCUCGCCUCCGAUGAUCCGCGCGGCGAGCUAGGGCUGCGAUUCCUCCUCGUCCGGCCGUAUUUUCCUCUUCCUCCUCCCCCCCCCCCCCCCCCCCCCAAGGUUCUCCGAUCGCCCCGUCGCGUCGUCCCGGCCGAGAUCGGCGCAGCCAUGGGCGGCGACUGGCAACCCCUCCUGCAAUCGGUCUUCAUCGGCCUGAUCUUCUCUUACCUCCUCGCCAAGCUGAUCUCCCUGCUCUUCACCUUCCGGGACGAAGGCCUAGCCGUCGCUCGCGCCCCCGCCGCCGACGCCGCCGCCGCGCGGCCGGCAAAGCCGGACUCGGGAGCUAGGGAUGCAGCUGAGUACGGCGGCGGCGGCGGCGGCGCUGCUGACGGCUCCGGCGAGUCGCGCGAUUCGGAUUCGGUGGUGGCCGAGCACGGCAGCGUGAGGAACGAGAGCGCGGCGGGGACGGAGGACGAUGACGACGGCGGCGGCGGCGGCGAGGGGAGCGAUAGCGAUUGGGAGGGAGUGGAGAGCACGGAGCUGGACGAGGUGUUCAGCGCGGCGACGGCGUUCGUGGCGGCGGCCGCGGCCGAUCGCCUUUCCCAGAGAGUGUCGAGUGAUGUUCAGUUGCAGCUGUAUGGUUUGUAUAAAAUUGCGACCGAAGGGCCAUGCACUGCGCCACAGCCAUCCGCGUUGAAAAUGACCGCGAGGGCUAAGUGGCAAGCAUGGAAUAAAUUGGGUGCAAUGCCACCUGAAGAAGCAAUGCAGAAGUACAUCGACAUUGUUACUGAGCUGUAUCCUUCUUGGAUUGCUGGCUCAAGUAUGAAGAGCAAAGGCAGUCAAGGUGAUGCACCAACUUCAGAGGCCAAAGGACCGAUGGGGCCAGUUUUUAGCACAUUUGUGCAUGAGGAACCUGGAACUGAGUCGAAACUUGAUGCUAUACAUGGUUUUGCCAGAGAAGGCGAAACAGAGAAUUUGCUUAAAUGCAUUGAAGGUGGUGUUUCAGUUAAUGUGAAAGAUAGUGAAGGUAGGACCCCACUGCAUUGGGCUGUUGACCGCGGUCAUUCAAAGGUUGUGGAACUGCUUGUCAGCAAGGAUGCUGAUGUAAAUGCGAAGGACGAUGAGGGCCAAACUCCGUUGCAUUAUGCCGUUGUGUGUGACAGAGAAGGAAUUGCUAAAUUCCUUGUGAAGCAAAAUGCGAGCACAGACGUAAAGGACAAUGAUGGCAACACUCCUCGUGAUGUUUGCGAGUCAGAUUGGCCCUGGAUGCGAUCUGCUGCAAUGCAUGCCGACUAAUUCCAAUUCUAACUCAGUUCCUUCCUCCUAGGGCCACGAAAUGCUCAUCUAAAUCGCCGCAUGAUGUACAUAUGGCUAUAUAGACUCAUCUUCCUCGUUCCUAUCAGCAUUGUACAUGGAUAUUGGGGGCGCUAUCGACGGUCCUUAGUGCUGUUGUGUAUGCAUUAUCGUUCAGAAUGCUUGUCAAAUCUCGGUAACUGAGAAAUGAAAGUCGUUUGCGGAAGGCAUUAAUCUAAAGAUCCUAUGGGGUGGGAGGGGGUUUGUGUUUCUGGGAUGGUAUUUUUGCCUUCGUCUUUAUUGUUCUUCCCCUCAAGGAAUGGAUCUUCUUGUGCAGGGUCCAGGCCGGGUGUCCGGGCAAGGAACACUUGUAUCGGCCUGGCCCUACCCCUUGCCAUAUCGUUAAAUAUUAUUUGGUGAUUGAACUA